UUUCCAACACCAACAGGUGCUGGCAAGCAUCCGACCCGACCCCUUUGCACAGGCGAGGCGUCGAUAAGAGUCCUUAUCGGGAAUUCGCAUGACUUAAUGAAAGUAUCCCUGCUCCCGCCUGGCCUGGUUCCGACCAAGCACGACAAGAUCGCCUUUCCUUCCUGUGAGGAUCACUUCCGCCCAAGAAUUUACCACUUCUUCGCUCCAUCUUCCGGCUGACCAACUCCGAAUUCACCCCGACACACAUCGACGAGCAUAAAAGGUCCUUCCUUUCGAUCUCGCCGUUGCUGUCGGCAUUCCUCGUCCCACAUCCCAUUCCGAUCACGAUCCGCGAGUCCUUUGGUGGCAGUACCAUCACACGAGUCAUUCUAGCAGAACCGCGCCGUACAUCUUGGACAUAGCAAGCCGACAUCAAGUCAAUUUCUGGCCCGAUCCGCAAAUCAACCCAGUCUUUACCACCGAGGACAACUCAGAUCCCGAUCAUGUCUGCGAAACAGCGUUUGAUGCAAGAAUACAAGGAUCUCUCCCGGGAGAAAUGGGUCAACAUCGAGCUCGACGAGGCUGCUAUCUUCAAAUGGAGCAUCGGACUCAUGGUCAUUAAUCCGGAUAGUGCCUUCGAUGGUGCCUAUUUCAAGGCCUCCAUGACCUUCUCCGACAAGUACCCAUACGACCCUCCCACCUUCAAAUUCAACCGACCGAUCUUCCACCCCAAUAUCUAUCCCGACGGCAAGGUCUGCAUCUCCAUCUUGCACGCUGCCGGUGAGGACGAGCAGUCCGGAGAGCAGGCUAAUGAGCGAUGGUCUCCUCUCCAAGGUGUCGAGACUGUCCUUCGUUCCAUCCUUCUCCUCCUGGAUGAUCCCGAGAUCUCCUCACCCGCCAAUGUUGAUGCUGGUGUCAUGUACCGCGAUGACCGAGAGCAAUAUAACCUCAAGGCCAAGGCUACAGUUCAGGCCUCGAAGUCAGAUAUCCCAGAGGGCUUUGAGAUGCCAGAGACACUCAUGGAGGCUCCUCCGGUGAAGUUUGCCGACGAUGACGACUUCUGGAACGAGCAGGAGGAGGACGAUGAUUUUGGCGCCAGUGAAAGCUCCGGAGAAAUGGAGGAGGACGAGGAAGGAGAAGACCAAGAAUUUGACAGUGAGGAAGAGGAGCAAGAAGAAGUAGAAGAACUAUGAAGGAAGAGCGUCCACGAUUCCUGGCUUUGGAGUGCAUGGAUGAAAUCUCGGUCUUGCAUUUUACGGAGCAGGGCCUUCAUGACACAGGAUCCAGAUGUGAGCACUUGGCGUUAUUUUCUCAUUUUCCUGCAUAGCAUAGCGUUGGCCCGGCUAGUUUUUAUGGCGUAAGGAAUACGGCAAGCAUGGCAUUUCCAACUGCGGCGUAUUUCACGGUGGGUUUGGCUUUGAUUUUCUCUUAGACCUAGCUGGCGUCCGGCUGGAUAUUGCAUCUUUGGGGGGUAAUUACAUAGGAGGGUGGACACAAAACACAUCUCAGCAUGCUUUGUGUCCUUAGAAUACCUGCCUGCAAU